UCCAUUGAACAGUCUGACUGGUAAUAUAUGCAGCCCCAUUGUGGUGAAUCAAUGCACCGUACAAUAAUGGGGGCAAAGGAGGUGGGAGAGGCUGUAGGGGAGCCAUGAUGAGAUGUCUUUUGCCUCAUGGUGUAACCCCUCACCACCAAAUGCACUCAAGAACAACCGUUGUUAGCCUAACUCUCAAGCAAAGUGCAUCUACCAUUCAUAUCUGGCUUGUUAUUUUGCUUAUACCAAAGAACUGGAAAGAGACAAAGGUCCAAGGGCAAGCCAAUGUCAAGACUCAAUAACUUUGUUUCACUGACAGGAAUGCUGAUACUGGGCUCCGUUACUGCUGCUAAGGAUAUGCUGUGAAAGUCUAUGUAUGGAUGUACAUGCAUUGUGUUUUUAGUACCUGCUGGAAGUCAGGUAGGAUGUGACCCACUACCCACAUCCCAUGGACAUGAUGACCCAGGGCAGAAGAAGAAUUUGGGAAGGCACUGGGAGACAAGUGCACCGGUUUAUUCUUGCCUAUCUUCUCUUCCUGGCUUUACCAUGCACUGGCUUCCUCCCCAACUUUUGGUCUAGAGUGUUAACGUUAUCCUGGGACUCGCAAACCCAUCAAUACAUCACUGAGCAGGCCAUUCUCAAUGUCACCAUGGAGACUCUAAGAGACAUAAAGAAACACCAAGAAAACCAUGUAGAGAAUCAGACCAGACUGGGCCGAGGCUUCUGGAGAGCUGUGGGAGAGGUGGUGAAAUCCAACGCAGCCAUGGACUUCCUGAGCUCCACCAGGGCGGACCCAGUGUACCACUUUGAUUCAGAGCACGUGGACAGCGCCAUUGUGAUGUUACGGCAGUUCUGGGCCAAGACUCUGCUCUCAGUGAGGGCCAAACAAUACCAAAGUGCUCGUCACAGCUUGGGCCAGCUAUUUCACUCCCUGCAGGACUUCUACAGUCACAGUAACUGGGUUGAGAUGGGCAAGCAGUUCAUUUACCUCCACCUUCUGCAGCCAGAGGAGCCUGCCAUCCCUGUGGCUAAUGGCAACACUCCUACCUGUAUGGAGUGCUUCAGUAUAACCUGUCGAGGUAACCUUCUGCCCAGACUCACAGAAACACAGCAAGAUUCUCAGCUGCUCACCACUGGCUACUUCAGCACCUUCCCCAAAAAGCCUCAGGGCAAAUGCAGUCAUGGAGGAAUAUUGGAUAGUAGCCGCUAUAUGGGGGCCAAAGGGGGCAUCAACAAGGACAGCACCUCACCUAUCUUCUCCCCUCACCAUUUCCUCCAUGUGGAAGCUGCCACUUUAGCUACUGAGGCUACUCUGAGUGUCCUGAGAGACCUCAGAGACACUGUGGGACACAACACCUUCCUAAGGCUCUUCAGUGUGAAGCAGGUUCCUGCAUUGGUAUUUGUCAUGGACACCACGGGAAGUAUGUUUGAGGAGAUAACUGCUGCUCGCCUACGGGUUCAUUCUAUCAUCCAGAGCCGCACCCGCAGCACUGAACAUCCUGGCACUUUUCUCCUUGUGCCUUUCCAUGACCCAGGGUUUGGACCAGUCUUUGAGACUGAUGAUCCAGACCAGUUUAUGACUUUUAUGGAGAACCUGAUGGCACUGGGAGGAGGUGAUGAACCAGAGAUGUGCUUCUCUGCUGUUCAGCUGGCUCUCACUCAUAGUCCACCGUUGUCAGAGAUAUUUGUAUUCACUGAUGCUUCCCCUAAAGACGCCCACUUGUUUGAUGCGGUAAAGGCCCUCGCACUGGAGAAACAGAGCAAGGUUACAUUCCUGCUUACUGAGGACCCCAACUCCUCAAAAGAGAGUAGAGGACGGAGGAAGAGGAGGAGGAGGAGGAUGAGCAGGGAACUUCUGUCUCCUGAUCGUUUUUCUCUCUACUCUUCCCUGUCCUAUCUGUCAGGAGGACUGACAAUAUUCACCACCAACUCUGACAUCCACAAAGUGUCUGCCAUAGUGGAGGAUAACACAGCUGCUGACAAGGUGACCCUCCUUCAUGUGGAAAGUGACCAAGAGCUGAUGUCCUCCCAUUCCUUCAGAGUGGACAACUCAGUAAAAAACAUCACACUGCAUGUCACUGGCAGUCUAACUGAAUGUAUUCUCACCAGUCCAUCAGACCAAAUCCAGUCUUUGUUGAGAGAGCAGAGACCUCUGGCCGAGUUGCAGCAUUUUGAGGGUCUUUACCGUAUCACCCUGCUUUCUCCUAUACAACCAGGCCUGUGGAAACUGCAAGCCAAGAGUGAUGGACACCUUACAUUUAAUGUAAUAGGUGACAGCAGUUUAGAUUUCCUUUAUUACUUUGCCACCGUAACCAAUGAGACACAUCCAGGUCUGGCCAGAAUGGAGGGCAGUCCAGUGGCUGGUGUCGCUGCAUUCCUGGUGCUGGCAGUGAUAGGUGUCGCUCCAGAUGAGGAGAUGUCUUUCAGUCAUGUGAUGCUGCUGGGAGCUGACGGGGAGAACAUCCAGCAGGUGAAGCUGAACUCCUCCUCCUCUUCAUCAUUGUUCUCUGUGGAGGAGCUGGUGGGAUGGGUGGAGUCUGUCCCCAGAGUUCCCUUCAGUGUUCGACUGCUGGGCCAAGACAGGAAAGGAAACAAGCUGGAGCGUGUUUCCACAGAGAUGAUCCAUCCAACUCAUGUUCAGAUACAGGUGCUUUCAGUCCCCUGUCUAGUACCUGGUCACAGCACAAUGGUGGACUUUGAUGUCCUGAACCAUGGCCCAGCCCGACUCUUCAGUCUGACUGGUGAUGAUGACUACGGCUAUUUUCAAAAGAAAGGACAUCACAGGUUCCAUGUUGCAGAGCAAGGCUCUUUCCAUGGUCAGGUGGCACUCCACACUCCUGCCACAGCUCAGGCAGGAGCUACUGUCACCCUUACACUUACUGUCCGUGCGCAUGACUCUCCAGACUUAAACUAUGCAGUGUCCUACUUGACUGUGGUCCCACCGGACGCUGACACAUCCCCACCAUCCUGUUCUGCAGCACAGGUAUUGUCUACCUGUCCUGACAUAUGCAGUCAGUCCAACUGGAGUAUGUCUCUGGUUGUGUCCGACAGGGGGCGCUCUGGCCUCGCAGCCCUCCAGCUAAAGAAGGGUGAAGGCAUUCUAACUUUAUUUCAAAACCCCCCACCUAGUGAGGAUGGCACGGGUGAGGCAAAGCCCGGCUCAGACCAGCAACAGGCAGACAAGAACAAAACAACCAGUGGAGGCCACCAGCACCACCACCACAAGGCAAGAUUAGAGAAAGGGGAGCCCACUUUGAAUCUAUCUGAAUGGGCUCUGGGCUCGUCUCAGCCACUGUGGGUGAGGUACACGUCAAGCUGCUGCUCUGCUCAGGCAGAGUUUCUGAUCUGGGACACAGCUGGAAACAUGAGACGUUGCCAUCUAACAUCUGGUCAGCAGAGACAACAAAGAGACGUGAGCACAGACAUUAGCAGUGCUGGACAGAAAACUCUCACAGGGGUCUUGUUCUUGUUCUUUGGUCUACUCUUUUGUGUACUUUAGGUUGAUGGGAUGACAAACUAUUUGCAUGUCAAAUUAAUUUUUGUGUUGUUACUGGACCCAGCAGCUUCCCAAAUAGCAACACAUACACUUGUUAUUGUUCAUUGGGUAGUUGACACUUUAACUUUUUAAAGAUGGUGCACUGAAUAAAGUAUUAAUCAUGUAUUUUUCAUA